AUGUUUAAUACCACAUUUAUUCGGCCUGCAAAAUUCUAUCUUGGUGGGUUUUCCAAUAUCCCUCAUAUUAGGUAUUUCUAUAUCUUCCUGUGUUUUGUCUACAUCGUGACUGUUUUGGGGAAUGGUUUUCUUCUCUCAGUUAUUUGGCUGGUGAAGACUCUUCAUACUCCUAAAUACAUGAUUGUGUUCAACAUGGCUUUGACAGAUUUGUGUGGGAGCACAGCUCUCAUUCCAAAAGUCUUAGAUACUUUUCUGUUUGACAGGAGAUACAUCGUCUAUGAGGCCUGUUUAAGUUAUAUGUUCUUUGUUAUUUUCUUUGCAAGUGUGCAGUCAUGGACACUUGUCACGAUGGCAUAUGACAGACUUAUAGCCAUUUGUCUCCCUUUAAGGUAUCAUAAUAUUGUGACUGAAACAUCAAUUACUGCAAUUCUGCUGUUUGUAUGGUGUUUUUUUGUAAGUGCAAUAGCAACCAUGGUUGGGCUUCUUAAUCGUCUCUCAUUCUGUAGCUCUUUGGUGAUAAACAGCUUUUUUUGUGAUCAUGGACCAGUAUAUCGUUUAGCUUGUAAUGAUAUAUCUAUAAAUCAGAAUUUAGCAUCUGCCAUUGUCAGCAUAAUUCUCAUCAUUCCUCUAGCAUUUAUAGUAGCCACAUAUAUCUGUAUUUCCAUAGCAGUGAGCAGGACUGCAUUCAGAGAGGAACGACUCAGAGCGUUAAAAACUUGUACUUCUCACCUGAUCCUUGUUGCUAUUUUCUUCCUACCAUGGACAGGUACUAAUGUAGCUGCAGUCACGUCCUACAUUCAUCCUAAUGCCAGAAUGAUAAAUUCUGCAUUGACCCACACCAUACCACCUUUGCUCAAUCCCAUUAUAUAUGCUUUAAAGACAGAAGAAGUGACGAAUGCUAUCAAGAAGCUUUACAGUCGUACUGUUGUAUCUGUCACCAGGGCUUAUCGUAUCCAAAAAGAUGAAAGAAGGUGAAAACAUUUGAUUUAUGCAUAAUUUAAGGCACUGUGCCCAGGGUUAAAUUCGGGCAGAAUGAUCUAGAAGGGUUUUGUUGGUGCAGAUGCCCAUAAGUAGCCACUUAGCAGGCAGUGUCAGCAUUCAAGAACUGAGGCAUUUUCAGCUGUGUACAGCAGGGUAAGUGAGGUUUUGGGCUGGGAGGGUGCACUGCAUUGCAAACCAAACAAAACACAAGGAGCAUGAGACCAAAACCGAGCCCAGAAACAAACAAAAACAGUCCAAAACAAAAGAUGCUGGAGUCCAGGGAAACAGCGUCCAUGGAGAGCAGAAGGUCGACCCGGGGGGCGACAGCACAAAAGUUCAUAGUUCGACUGUUCUGGGGGCCGACCACGUGAGAAGUGGCAGUGGCAGCAGAACAGGACUGGAGGCCGGCGGCGUGGAAGACGGCGGCGGCUACAGAGCGGGUCCGGAGGCCGGCCGCGUGGAAGAUGGCGGCGGCUCUCGAGUGUCGGGCGUACUAGUUGAGACUUGGUGGGCACUGGAUCAAACGAGGCCAGAUGGUGGCGUGGCAGCCACAGGUGACGAUGGAGCCGGACCAGACGGCGACGAUGGAGCCGGACCAGGCGACGGCGUAGGCGGAGCAGAAGCAGAAGCCGGAGCUGGACCAGGCAGAGCAGAAGCAGAUGCAGAGGCCGGACCGGGCGAAGGCGACUUGGACCCUCCAGCGGAGACGAGGAGGUGCUGGCCGGGCUG